UUGCCGCCGUCCGUCAUUCCGUUUCCUUCCCGAAGCAUCCAUCCGCGCAGACGCAGCAGCUGACGCAGCGCGCCCGACACCCACCCGUGGCAAGGACUAGAAAACACGGUCAAACCUUCCUCCAACCAUCAUCUCUUCUCGCCAAUUGACUCCCCGAACCCGAGCCCCCACGAAGAAAAAGGAAACUCUCCUCCGCUGCUGCCGUUUCCAUCUCCGCCUCGGCUUAAAACCCCGGCACCGAAACCAACUCCAUUAACUAACCGCCUUGCCUGCCAGGGUUCGAUCGAUUUGCGAGUGAGCGGGUUGAUCGAUCGGGCGGCGCGAUGGAGAAGAAGCUGGCGAUGCCGCUGGCGGCGCACGGGGGGCACGAGGGGAUGUGGGCGCGGCCGUGGCGGUGGGCCAAGACGGCCUUCUUCCUCGUCUCCAUGCUCGCCUCGCUGCUGCUCGUCUGCGCGCCGCCGCUGCUCGUCGUGCUCCUCGACCUCCUCCUCCCGCCCGCGCUCCUCUCCAACUUCCUCCGCGCCCACCACCACACCCUCCUCGACCAGGCCAGGGGCUUCCACUUCCGCUCCUCCCUCGUCGACCUCCCCGCCGUCUCCGCCGCCCGCUCCCUCCUCAUCCUCUGCGCGUACACGGCGUGCGGGGGCGGAGCGGCCUACCUGUGGGUGGCGGCGGCGUGCAGCGUCGGCUCCCUCUGCUACGUGCUCGCCAAGGCCGUCGCGGUCUUCGGCGUGUCCCCGGCGGCGGCCGACGGCGGGCGGCUGGAGCUGCAGGGGAAGGGGCAGCUCGUCGCCGUCGAGGCCAUGUUCCUCAUCUCGCUCGCGCUCGCCGCCGCGCACCUCGCCAUGGCCUACCGGGCCAGCUGCCGCGAGAGGCGCCGCCUCCACGUCGUCUACAGAAUCGACAUCGAAGCUGUAAGGCUAAAGGGAGGCCAUACGCCUAAGUCACUGAAGCAAUGCAUCGUAUGACAGACGCCCUCCCGGUCGGGUACAAAUGGAUUCUGAAGGAACGGCAGAUCUCUGCUUCUGCUGAUCCGGUCCCAAAUUUUGGUUCGAGUAGCUGUGUACACUCCGGUCGAUACGACACACCUUAUGCCCAUGUAUAUGUGCUCAACUCACACUGUCUCUCCCAGUCCCAGGUGGACAAUAGUGUGAUGCUGUAAAUAUGGAUACAUUUUGUGCUUCGGCCUCCUGCAAGAUGGGAUGAGCCGUACGCUGCUGUUUUAAUUGGUUUCCCUGGGUGCUACCCGCUACGGGAAGGCGAAUUCCGGCUUUGCUUUGCCCGAGUGCAAGUGUGAAUUGUCAAUGGUUGGAUGAAACGGAAUCUUGGUGGCCUGA